GACCGGCGUGGCGAACAAAGCUUUUUCACAUCUGAUAUUGGCAUGUCAAAUAUGAAAUCAAGCGCCGAGGUGGGAACACAUAGCGCCGAGGUCCCAAGUGAAGCGCCGAGAUUCACAGGUAUAGCGCCGCGGACCUCGGCGCUAAAAAGCCCUGGGGAGAACCCUGGGUUGGAAGUCACAUGUAACCUAAAAGUAAUGGUGUCCACCAGUGAUGGAGCGUCAUGGAACCGGAAGUUCUACCGUAUGCAUAGAGUAAAAGGUGCUCCGCGGGAUGUGGUGGUGUUCAAGACUAGAAAUUUAUGGAGUGAUGAUGAAAGAUUCAUUUAUUUUGUGUCUGAUGUACCCCACUUAAUAAAGACUACCAGGAACUGCUGGGCCAAUUCUGAGGCACAUCGGAAAACCAGAAGUCUAUGGAAUGGUAAUCCAAUAUUAUGGAGGCAUCUUUCAGAGUUGAUAAUGGAUGAUCGAACCAGGGACAUUCACUUGUUACACAAGAUUGGAUAUGAGCAUAUCAAUUUAACAUCUUUUUCAAUUAUGAGAGUUAACCUUGCAGCUCAG